AUGGGCUGUAUCAGCUCAAAAAACUGUUGUGAUCCAGACAGUGAAUUACCUGGACAUGAGAUAUGUACAGGUGUCAAGAAAACUCGACGUCAGAGAUCACGACAUUAUUCAAAUUUACAAGAACGUAAAGGACGACGAGCAUCGAAUACUUCAUCAUCAAGUAGAAAUCCAAUGAUACAGAGAGAUUCAGUGGCCGAGAUGAGGGACAUGAUAGCCUCAAUGGGAGGAUGGCAUGAGUCUGCUCAUACAUAA